AUGGUGGAUCCAGCUGGAUUCUUCAACAAUCAGUACGUCUUCCCUGAACAUCGUCGGAAAGGCCUUGGAGGGGCUGUUGAGACGAGACUCAUCCAGCAGUGUGUAGGGGCCGGCAUGAGCCCCUUCAAGACCGUAGCUCGCUCCAACCAGUCCGUUUUGUCAGCGACGUACUCCUCAUCGCAAUGGACCCACUGGAAGGAGAACGAUCGGCCCGUGGUGAGUUAA